CGAAGGCUUCCUUUUCUCCGUUUUUCCUACAGGAUGGCAUUCUUCAAAUAUCUUCGCUCUGUUAAGAAUGAGCUUAUCCUAUUCUCAGCUCCGUUUCUUCUUCUUCCACUGCCUUUAGUGAUCGGAACAUCGGAGGCAGAAUGUGCCUAUGUGAUAGUCCUGAUGGCUGUUUUCUGGUGCACAGAGGUUCUACCACUGGCUGUAACAGCUCUGCUCCCAGCUGUCCUUUUCCCCCUGUUUGGCAUCAUGAAAUCCAAGGACGUGUGUAUGCAGUACCUGAAGGACACAAACCUGUUGUUUGUGGGGGGACUGCUGGUUGCAGUAGCAGUGGAGCACUGGAAUCUGCACAAGCGCAUCGCCUUGAGGGUGCUGCUCUUUGUUGGUGUGCGUCCAGCACUUUUGAUGUUGGGUUUCAUGGGUGUGACAGCCUUCUUGUCCAUGUGGAUCAGUAACACGGCUACCACAGCAAUGAUGGUGCCUAUUGUCCAAGCAGUGCUGGAUCAGCUCAACAAAAGCGAGGCAGAGAUACCUCAGAUCCUCAGCUCAGAGGAGCAGGUCCAGACAACAGACACGGAAAGCAAACAGCCUCCACAGACAGAGAAACAGAGUGAGGGACAAGGCCCAGUAGUGGUGACUUUCUUAGAUGUUGCAGUGGAGGCUGCCAUGCAUAAACAGGCAGCAGAAAGGCAGAGAAUGUGUAAAGGGAUGACCCUGUGUGUUUGUUACGCUGCCAGCAUCGGCGGCACCGCCACACUGACAGGAACCGGCCCCAAUCUGGUGCUCAAGGGCCAGAUGAACCAACUCUUUCCUCAAAACGGAGAUGUGAUUAACUUUGCCUCCUGGUUCGGCUUUGCCUUUCCUAACAUGAUCCUCAUGCUCACACUGGCCUGGCUUUGGCUGCAGUUUGUCUUCAUGGGAUUCAACUUUAAGAAGACGUGGGGCUGUGGGGCUGUGAAGACAGAGAAGGACAUCGCUGCCUAUAAUGUGAUCCGAGAGCAACAUCGCCUGCUGGGGCCCAUGUCCUUUGGAGAGAUAAAUGUCCUGGGUCUCUUCAUUCUGCUGGUGGUGCUAUGGUUCACAAGGGACCCAGGUUUUGUUAACGGCUGGGCGACAGAUAUCUUCAACUCCAAAGCAGAGUAUGUGACAGAUGCCACGGUUGCAAUCUUCAUUGCCAUCCUUCUCUUUGUUUUACCCUCCAAACCCCCACAUUUCUGUUCGUGGAGGACUCAAAGAUUUGACACAGCACCCCAUCAAACUGUUUGCCCAACUCCACCUCUGCUCACCUGGAAAAUAGCCCAAAAGAAGUUACCAUGGGGCAUUGUGCUUCUCCUUGGAGGAGGUUUUGCUCUGGCCAAAGGCAGUGAAGAAUCAGGACUCUCAAAAUGGAUAGGAGAUCAAAUGACUCCUCUGCAAAAUAUUCCUCCCUGGGCAAUUGCUAUCAUCUUAUGCCUGUUGAUUGCUACCUUCACAGAGUGCACCAGUAAUGUGGCCACUGCGACGCUCUUCCUACCUGUCUUAGCCUCAAUGUCUCAGUCCAUUGGAAUCAAUCCACUGUACGUCAUGGUGCCUUGUACUCUGAGUGCCUCUUUUGCCUUCAUGCUGCCUGUUGCUACGCCUCCAAACGCUAUUGUCUUCUCUUAUGGGUACCUCAAGGUUGCUGACAUGGCCAGGACAGGAAUAAUCAUGAACAUCAUUGGCAUCCUUUGCAUUACACUGGCCAUCAACAGCUGGGGCAAGGCCAUGUUUGACCUGGACUCCUUCCCUGCCUGGGCCAACGUUACUGGGGUGUGAGCCUAAUUCGGUCAUAGGAGAUAAUCCACGAACACCCUGCUCUCCCUAUACACAGGUGCCAGACAUACACCCCGGGUCAGAGCGACAGCAUGAGACCACACGGUGGACUGCAUGCGUCCGAUUGCUGCUAGAACACAAGCCUUUCAUUGCUUGUUUUCGAUGACACCUGAGUCUUGCUUGUGAAAGAAAGUGGUGAUGAAUAUGAUUGGGAAUUACAGAAGAGUGGUUGAAUUUUUGUUUUUUACACUGUAUCACAUUGUAUUACAAUUUAAAGAAAAAAUGUAUGCUUAUAAAACACUAUUACAGUAAUCAUCUACUCAGUCAGCAUUUAUAACUGCAAAUAGAGACUUUAUAAUCCUUCUAAGCAGCCAAUUCAUAAAACACCAUUGGAGUGCACUCUUUUUUAUAAAAACACAUCAAAUGAAGGGCUAUGCAAAAGGUGUAAGUUAUUAGAAAUUUUUUAUAUAGUCACAUGUAGCUGCAUCUUAAUAGCAAUAAGCCAUGCAGUAUAACAUAAGAACUUAACCUUACCCAAGUAUUGCACUUACACACAAUUUUGAAGUACUUGUACUUUACUUAGGAAUUUACAUUUUAUGCUGCUUCUGCUUUUACUUCAUGCAUUUCAAAGGGAAAUCUUGUCAUAUUGUUCUGUAUACUUUUUGUUCUACUACAUUUCUCUGACAGCUGUGGUUACUAGUUACUUUAUUAGGAUAAUAUGAAAUUAUUAUAUAUUAAAAUACUCAACUGCAUAUACAUUAGCUCUAUCUCAACCAGACAGAAAAUUUAAAUUCUAUACAUUUAGUAAUAAUAAUCCAAUAAUAUCACAUAUAAUUUAACACUGACAAGGGCAAUUCAGCUGCUUAAUGAGUACUUUUACUAUUGGUAAUUUUUUUUUGUCAAAAUAUACUUUCAUCUAAGUCAAAUAUUAAAUAAAUAUCAACUAUUUUUACACUGUGGUGUUGCUAAAAAUACUUGAGAAAAAUAAAUACUUCUUCCACCAAGUCAAGUAUCAAGUACUAAAUAUUUUUCAAGCACAUCUCUCUGAAUACAUUUACAGUAAAGGAACAGGGGCUGUAGGUUAGGUUUGCCAUUUUGGUAUUUUUAGAAAAUGGGCUAAAACGUACAGUAUAGCAGAGACUACAAAUAAACAUGUACUUUUGUCUCUUUGAAUCCAAAUUGACCUCUGCAUUGACCUAUUAAGGGUUUGUUAUAGUACCAGCAUCAUUCAACUUUUAAAUGUAAAAGAAAUCUAUAUGUGCCUUGUACAAACAUACUAAGUGAUUGAACUGAAAACCGAUUUUCAAUAUUUGUAUCAAUAUUUUGUGCUGAUAUUGAGAAAUAUCUCACUGCAAUAAUAAAGUAUGCCUGAAUUGCAAUAAUAAUAAUAAAUACAUAAUAAAGUGUUAUUUAUGAACCAAUGUGCAUCUAGGAAAUGAUGUAUAAAGUAUCUUAAAUUGCCAAUGGGCUAAAGUAAACACUGUUUCAUUAGCCUGUUACAAACUAUAAAAAUAAAAGACUUGAGUUUUAAUGUU